AUGUCAUUUGCUAGCUACGUGUUGCACUCUGGAGGUUCGAGGAUAAUAAAUAACAUUUCGGAGAAUGGGAGCUUUGGUGCCAUGGUGAUACAAAACACUAGUCACAACCAUUCAUUACAAAAUGAAAUUAAAGAAAUACGGUACAUAACGGUGCUUAAUUAUUUAUUUUAUGUACUCGGAGUUUUAAUAACACUAGCGACAAUUAUAGGAAACGUUUUGGUAAUAGUAGCAGUGAUCAGUGAAAAACGACUUCGAAAAGUUGGAAAUGUGUUUAUUAUAAAUCUCGCAAUCAGUGACUGCCUCGUUGGCUUAAUAGUCAGUCCCCUGGCUAUAACAUACGACAUCACCGAGCAGUGGGCUCUUGGCGAGGUGGUAUGUGAUAUAUGGGUGUCACUUGACAUUGUAUGUUGCUCCGCAAGUAUUCUCAACCUUUGUGCCAUAGCGUAUGAUAGAAGUAAUGCCAUUGUUAAACCCAUGAAAUACGCUCGAAAAAGGACAUUUAAACGUGCCUGGUGUGUCGUCAUACUCGUAUGGGUGUAUUCAGUAAUAAUCGCCGUUCCUCGUUUUCUUGGCUGGCGCAAGAAAGGCGAAACGGGCCUUCCGGAUGGAAAGUGUAUGAUAAGUCAAGACACUGGAUACACAUUCUACUCCAUUUUCAUGGCAUUCAUCUUUCCCAUGGUUAUCAUGUUGUACUUUUAUUAUAAAAUCUACAGCAGAAGUUAUCAGUGGCAUCAGCGGCCUGGUAAUAACCAUUAUAAGGACACGCAAAUUAAAGGCGAAAACCGGGGAGUGUGCUUAAGCUGCUUUACAUGUAGCUCGUCACCAUGUUUGACAGAAGUAAAAUGUGAGCUUCCAGAUACACAAGAACAGUCUACCCACACGGUCCAGGAAACGGCAUCUGAUAAAAUUAUUCCACAGUUGUCCGUUCCAGAAGAUGAAAUUCGUAGAGAAAGCAUCGAACCAGAAUUGCUAGCUAUAUACCAAAUGCGUCAAAGAUCAAAACGGAUAUUAUCAAACGCAACUAUGACUAGCGUAGGUUCUGCGUUUUAUUCUUCGACUGAUUCAUCCCAAACGGCGACAACAUCAUUUUCAGACACAAGCGACCGAAGCAGCAGUAUAAGCACUGAAGGAAGAGACAAAAGCUAUAGCUCUUCGACUGAAGGGAGUCGUAGCUUUAGUUCUGAAAGCCGGAGAUACAAUAACCUGCGUGGUCAUCGCUUGUCUAGUGCACGCCAUAGUAGUCUACACCAAGAGGUCAUACACGAGAUCGUCUCGGCAGCUCAGCUUGAGUUGCAAGAUGAGAGUGAACAACCAACAGGGGCGGCUAAACUAAAGAUGAUGAGACAAUCUGGCACUGUCGAAACUGACGAUACACAUGAUGAACUAAGUGACGAUGGACAAGGGACUAGGCAAAGGGUUAAACGUAAACUGAAGUCGUCUACACUAAGACGUCAUAAUUCUCGAAAAAGCAAGAAAAUAGCAAUAUCUCAAGAGAAACGCGCUGCAAAAACACUUGGAAUUGUAAUGGGAUGUUUCAGUGUCUGCUGGCUCCCGUUUUUCAUAAUAACGUUCUUACGAGUUGUCUGUUAUGACUGCGCCAUUCCUAGUAUAUUAAUCAAAUGUGUAAUGUGGCUAGGAUAUUUUAAUUCAGCUUGUAAUCCGUUUAUCUAUACGUUCUUUAAUAAGGAUUUUAGAAUGGCAUUUCGAAAGCUCUCAUGUAAAGCAUCUAGCAAUGACGUUUACUUGUAG